AUGCAUGAAUCUUAUGCAAAGCUUGCCGGCGCCGCCACGGGGUCGACUAUGACUGCUUUAACGAUGACUCCAUUCGAUGUGGUCAAGACCCGGCUACAAACGCAAAAACCGGUACAACGACCUUUGAUUUUUCCUCGACCGCCUCCGAACUCAUGCUGUCAGCCUUCUGGUAAACCAUGUGUCCGCAACAUGUCCUCUUUGGCGCAACCUUUAGCAGAAGAAGAACUUGUAUGCGUCUGGGAAAAUGGAGUAUUCCGAGCAGAACGCGUACACGGUUUCUCAGAUGCUAUAAGACAUGUUUGGAGAGCGGAAGGUAUACGAGGUCUCUGGAAGGGUGCAGGUACUACGCUACUAAUUGGUGUUCCAUCUUCAACAUCCUACAUGUUGACGUAUGACCACUUAUUAAAGGUCACAUUACCUCCCUUACUUCCUGAACCUGCAGUCCCUCUUAUGGCCGGUAUACUCGCGCGAAGUGUCAUAUCUUCAAUAGCUUCGCCCUUGGAAAUGAUACGGACGAAUCUUCAGUCAACGCCGCCAUCCCCAAAUAAUCCGCAUACUCUUCGUUCUGUUCUUUCGUCAAUCCGUGGCCUUGUCCGGGCACAGGGAAUACCAGUACUCUACAGAGGUCUUGGCGCAACUCUAUGGCGGGAUAUACCAUUUUCUGGGUUAUACUGGGCGACGUACGAAACACUCAAAAAAUAUUUUGCUCGAAACGGUUACCAAGGUGCUGGGGUUGCGUUUGUGAGUGGUGCCCUCAGUGGUUCCGCGGCCGCUCUCAUAACAUCCCCAAUGGAUGUUAUCAAAACACGCCGGCAAGCCCUCGUCAUGUCCGGAUCCGUGUCUAAAAUUACGGCUACGUUCCCUCUGGUGAAGCACAUCAUCCAGUCCGAGGGUGUGAGCACACUCUUUGUUGGACUUGCACCGCGUAUAGCUAAGAUUGCCCCGGCUUGUGGAAUUAUGAUUGCAUGUUUUGAGGGAGUCGGACGGCUGCUCUCCGACCAUUGA